UUGUCUCCGGUAAGAGAUAUACACUCGUAACAGCCUGGGCUCGGAACGGGCCGACUUUCCCAGCCUCCGGUUGUUGAUAUUUGCCGAUAUCUGGACUAAAAUCCCGCUGUGGGGCUAUCGAGGAAGGAAUCGAGAGCGUUAGAGGCAUCCGUGCUGCGAAAGGAAGCCAUCGCGAACCGGAUAUUUAGCCGGGAGUUGGACGGUGGCAAAGUGGCACGGCGCGGGACUGGCGACACCGUAUAGCGCAUGCAGACGAUGGGAGCCCGCCGACUACUCACCGCGGCUGUCCUGUGCUUCUCGGUCAUCAGUGCCGCCCACGGGCAAGACCCUCUAGCACAGCCCCAGCCGGAGCCAUGCAGGAGUAACCAGUUUCAGUGUGAGAACAAGCGCUGUAUCCCCGCUGGCUGGGUGUGUGACGACGAUUACGACUGCAACAAUGGCGACGGAGAUCGCAGUGAUGAGACAGACUGCCCGGAUAAGACGUGCGGACCGGGGCAGUUUGCGUGUCUUGACGGUCUGACGUGCAUCACGAACGGUUGGCGAUGUGACGGGGAGGAAGAUUGUACCGAUGGUAGCGACGAAUCUCCCGACAUCUGUCCUGAGUUGCAGAGUUACCAGUGUCCUGCCAACCACUACCGCUGCCUGCAGCAGUGUCCAGAUGGUGGAGGCCCGUGUACAGAGACGUGUGUUCACUAUGACACUCUGUGUGACAACAACCCUGACUGCCCUAGUGGUGACGAUGAAGGGCCGCAAUGUACCACAUUACCCCGACUGUGUGCCAAUGGAAGGGGAGACUGCCAGGAGGCCUGUACUGUGUCGAGUGCAGGCCGGGUCUGCUUCUGCAGAAAUGGUUACGUGGUCAGUCCAGACAGAACUUGUAAAGACCUGAAUGAAUGCGAGCUCCCUGGCUACUGUGAUCAGCUGUGUGUGAACACAGAGGGAUCUUACACCUGCUCCUGUGCAUCUGGGUACACCUUACUACCUGACAAGAAAACAUGCAGGGCUCAGAACAACGACAGUGCAGUGCUGGUUGUAGCCAACCGACAGCGGCUGAACAUGCUGUACCUGAACGGCACAGCUGUACCCGGCAAGGAGCUCAUCACAACUGGAGCCAUGGCCAUGGACAUCUCUCUGGUUGAUAACAAAAUCUGCUGGGUUCAGGUGGAGGAAGACGUGUCCAAGAGCAGCCUGCGAUGUGUUCAGAGAAGUAACUUUACCCAGGCCGGAGCACAGGUGCAGAAGCUGACUUCAAGUGUCCACCAUGUUGAGCAGAUGGCGUAUGAUUGGCUGACAGGUAACAUGUACUUCACGGAUGAUGAGGCUGACCGAGUGUUUGCGUGUAACAAGGAGGGGCGUGUUUGUGUCACUGUGAUCGAGGACAGAAUCGCCAACCCACGAGGCAUUGCACUCGACCCCACACGGGGGUUGAUGUUUCUCUCUGACUACGGCUCCACACCGCGGAUUGAGAAAGCCCACAUGGACGGCACCAACCGGUCUCAGAUUGUCACCAGUAAAAUCGUCCUUCCCCACGGCAUAGCCCUGGACAUCGUGACACAGACUCUCUACUGGGUGGAUGCCUACCUCAACUACAUUGAGAGUGUGGACUACAAUGGACAAAACAGGAGAACAAUUGCACAGGGACCAAUGGUGGAGCACCUGUACGGCAUCACAGUGUUCGAGCGUUACCUGUACGCCACGGACUGGCACGAGGACACCAUCAUCCGUGUGGACCGCUGGAACACCUCCGCUCCCAUCGUUACCCUGGCAACAGACUUUAACCACGCCGGGUCCCUGAAGGUGUUACACUCUGUAGUACAGCCUGUCAUCCCCGACCAUGCCUGCAUGUCUAACCAGUGUCAGGACAUCUGUCUGCUGGCUGGGAGUAAGGACAAGAAAAUCUGCAGAUGUCGACCUGGCUUCUCUCUCAAGCCUGAUGGAAAAUGUGAAGCUUCCAAAGAUGAGACUUUCCUGGUCUACAGUAAGAGCCGUCCAGGCGUCAUCAAAGGGAUCUCUCUCACACCAGAUGACUACACGGACAAGAUGGUACCCAUAGAACACCUGGACAACCCUCGUGCCUUCGACUUCCACGCAGCCGAGUCCUACAUCUACUUCUCCGACCCGACACAGUUCAGGAUCGGGCGGCAGAAGAUCACGGGAGAGGACCACCAGAUACUGGUCAACUCCACGUUUUACAAUGAGGAGGGUGAUUACGUGAAGGGUGGUUUGAACAACUGCGAGGGAGUUGCGGUGGACUGGAUCGGAGGCAACCUGUACUGGACUGACGAUGGACUGAACACGAUCAGUGUGUCACGUCUGGACGGGACCCACAGACGGACACUGAUUUCAGGAAACAUGACCCACCCCAGGUCUAUUGUAGUGGACCCCACCUCUGGAAUGAUGUACUGGUCUGACUGGGUGGAUGACAUCACAGAUGAGAAGUUUGCUAAGAUUGAGCAAGCUUGGAUGGACGGAACCAACCGUAAGGACCUGAUUAACAGGGACAACACCGCUAUCCUCUGGCCCAACGGACUGGCCCUGGACCACGUCAACAGCAAACUGUACUGGGCAGACGCCUUCUACGACAAGAUCAUGAGGGUGGACCUGAAGAAGGGGGAUGUUGGGGCUGUGUAUAAGGGAGAGGUGCUGAUCCAUCCGUUUGGCCUGGCUCUACACGAGAACCACAUCUACUGGACAGAGUUCCGCACAGGGGAGAUCAAGAUGUUAGACCUGAAUGACAACAGCAGCAUCACACACAUCAAGUCUGACCAGGCUCCUCUGUUUGAGAUCAGAGUCUACAGCAAGAGUCUGCAGACUGGUUCGAAUGCUUGUGCCUCUAACGUCAAAGUGUGCCCGUCUCUGUGCCUCAUCACUCCUGGGAACAAGCCUGUGUGCAGCUGUCCUGAUGGGCAACAGUUCAUGGAGGACGGCAACAACUGUGAAGACAUAGCCAACUACACCAAAUCGCCCCAGUGCAGCUCUACAGAGUUUGCCUGUGCCAGUGGACAGUGUAUCCCUGAGCGGUGGAAGUGUGACGGGGACAGGGACUGUCAGGAUGGGUCUGAUGAACUCCCAGCUGCCUGCACCGGCCACACGUGUCAGCCUAACCAGUUCAGGUGUAACAGCAGUCGCUGUAUCCCCGACCGCUGGGUGUGUGACGGAGACAAGGACUGUGGGGAGACAGGGGAGGAUGAACUCGGCUGUAAUGAGCGUACGUGUGGUCCAGGCCAGUUCCACUGUAACAGUAGUCGCUGUAUCCCUGAGAUGUGGGUUUGUGACAGAGACAACGACUGUGGAGACAUGUCAGACGAACCAAGCAGCUGUGAACACCCCAGCUGUGACCCUACCCAGUUCCAGUGUGACAAUGGCCGCUGUAUCUCCCCCAGCUGGAGGUGUGACACAGACAAUGACUGUACGGACAACUCAGAUGAGAAGGACUGCACCUACUCCUGUAACAAUGAGACUCAGCACAAGUGUCUGGACACCGGCCGCUGCAUCUCCAAACGCUGGGUCUGUGACGGCGACUACGACUGUCAGGAUCACAGCGACGAACCAGAGUCAUGCGCGAGCACCAACCCCCCUGCUCCCUGUGAUGAUGAUGAGUUCCAGUGUCACAGUGGACAGUGUAUCCUGGCUAGGUGGAGAUGUGACAAGGAUGAGGACUGUAUGGACAAGUCUGACGAGUUUAACUGUACAGGUAAGACUGUAUGGACAAACUGUAUGGACAAGUCUGAUGAGUUUAACUGUACAGGCAGUGAACGUCCGUGUGACCCUGAGCAGGAGUUCCAGUGUAAGAAGAGCGGGGAGUGCAUCAGUCUGGACUGGCGCUGUGACCAGGAGGAGGACUGUGAAGACGGGUCAGACGAGAAGGACUGUAAGGACACCUGUGAGCUCCCUAACCGCAGCUGUGCCAACGACACCACCAUCUGUCUGUCCCCCGACAAGUUCUGUAACAAGAAGCCUGACUGUCCUGACGGCUCAGAUGAGGGGAAACUGUGCGACAUACGGGACUGUGACAUCAACAACGGUGGUUGUAGCCACAUCUGUCAGCCCUGGCCCAUGGGUGUGGUGUGCCUGUGUCCCUCGGAUCUCCGACUGGGCGCAGAUAACAAGACGUGUGAGGAGGUGAAGUGGUGUGAACAGCUGGGCAUCUGUAGUCAGAUCUGUACUCCUGUGGGGAAGUCUUACCGAUGUGAGUGUCAGGACGGCUGGCAGCUGGAACCGGACGACUACACAUGCAGGAGCACUGAUCCUGCCACCCCCUACGUGGUUUUCUCCAACCGCCAUGAGCUGCGAAGGAUCGACCUGUCAUCUAAAGACUUCCAGUACCGCGUGCUGGUCCCGGGACUGAGGAACACCAUCGCAGUCGACUAUGACCUGUCCACUAACUCACUCUUCUGGACUGACGUGGUCGAGGAUAAAAUCUUCAAAGGGAACAUGAGUUCUACAGGAGGUAUCUCCAGUAUCCGUCCUGUAGUCCAGACUGGCCUGGCGACAGCCGAGGGUCUGGCUGUAGACUGGGUGGGGAAGAACAUCUACUGGGUGGAGAGUAACCUGGACCAGAUCGAGGUGGCCAGGCUGAACGGCAUGUACCGGACAACACUGAUCGCUGAGGAGAUGGAGAGUCCACGUGCCAUCGCACUGGACCCACGCAUUGGAUACCUGUUCUGGACAGACUGGCAGUCUAACCGUGCCCGUAUCGAGCGGUGUGACAUGAGUGGUACAAACCGCAGUGUGAUCCACUGGGUGGCCAGCGACGGGGGCUGGCCAAACGGUCUGACUGUGGACUACCUGGACAGCAGGAUCUUCUGGGUCGACGCAAAGUCUGACUCCAUCACAUCAGCAGACUAUGAUGGUAAAGCUGUGAGGAAAGUCCUGUGGGGACAUCGCCACCUCAGCCAUCCAUUCUCCAUCUCUCUGUAUGCUGAGAAGGUGUUCUGGACAGACUGGAGGACCAACAUGCUGGCAUCAGCCAAUAAGUACACCGGCGGGAACUUCACCAUCCUGCAGAGAACCAGCACCCAGCCGUUUGACCUACAGAUCGUUCACCCCACCAGACAACCCUCCGUUGACCACCCCUGUGCAAACAAAACGAAGAACGACUGUUCCCACCUGUGUCUGAUCGGGUACAAGGGAUCGUACGCCUGUCGCUGUCCUCAGCGAUACAAGCUGAAGGCUGACAACAAGACUUGUGAAUUGGAUGGCAAGUUCCUGCUGUAUGCCCGUCAGCUGGAGGUGCGAGGUGUGGACCUCCUCAAGCCUUACUACAACAUGAUGUCUGCCCUGACCCUCCCUCACAUCGGUAACGUCACAGCUGUGGACUUUGACGCUAAAGAGGAGAGGAUCUACUGGGUAGACCUGAGGUUUCCUGCUGUCAGGAGGGCAUUUCUGAACGGCUCUGAUGUGGAAACUUUGGUCACAUCUCAAGAUCUGACCAACACAGUGGGCAUAGCUGUGGACUGGCUGUCCCGUAACCUGUACUGGACAGUCAACUUUGGGGAGAAGAAGGCUAUUGUGGUGUCUCAGCUGGACGGCUCCUUCAAGAGGAAUCUCAACAUGUCUCUUACUGCUCCUGGAUACUUGGCUGUUCAUCCUUCAGAAGGUCUGAUCUUCUGGUCUGAUGGUGGAGAUGUUCCCUACAUCGGACGUGCCAACGCUGACGGCAGUUCUGUUUCAAAAAUUGUUCAAAAUGUCACUACACUGAGUUUAGCCAUGGACCAUGUGGGGAAGAGACUCUACUGGAUCAACAGUAACAAAACUGUCUCCUCCUGUAACCUGGAUGGAAGUGACAUGAAGACCAUCGCUGGGGCUGUACAACAGAACAUGAGCAGGCCACAUGCACUAGCUGUGGGAGGUAGCCUGAUGUACUGGGGAGACCACACCUCAGAUCAGAUCAUGGUGGCCAGUAAGGCUGACGGCAGCGGUCUGAAGGUGUUCCGAGCUCGUACCACCAAGGUCAUGGACAUCAAGAUCUUCGACUCUGAAGUUCAGACAAGGACAGGCCCUAGUGGCAGUAACCCAUGCUCCACAAACAACGGAGGCUGUCAGCAGCUGUGCCUGCCUGCUGGUGCUGUGAAGAAGACCUGUAGCUGUACAGCUGGCUACGAGCUACAGGCUGACAACAUGAAGUGCACUGGUUUGAGUGAAUUCAUCCUGUACUCUGUGCAUGAGGAAAUCCGAGGUAUCCAGCUGGCUCCACAACAAACCAGUGAGCCGUCAGACGCCCUGUCACCCAUCAGAGGCAGUGCUCUCGCUGUAGCCAUAGACUUCUUCGCAGAAAAUGACACGAUCUACUGGGUGGACACAGCCAUGAAGUCCAUCCACGUGAGUAACCGUAACCAGACCUGGCAGGACACAGUCAUCACCACAGACAUGGGGCGGGUCGAGGGCAUAACUGUGGACUGGGUCGCCAAAAACAUCUACUGGACAGACCAGCAGUUUGACCUGAUUGAAGUUGCUCGCUGGAACGGUUCAUUCCGACAUGUCAUCGUCUCUACUGAUCUGGACAAACCUCGAGACAUUGUGGUGCAUCCUACACUAGGCUACAUCUUCUGGUCAGACUGGGGCGCCCAACAGAAGAUUGAGCGAGCGGCCAUGGAUGGUUCACAGAGAAUCAUCCUCUACAACGGCACCGGUCUACAGUGGCCCAACGGCAUGGCAGUCGACUACGAAACAAACAUGGUUUACUGGGUGGAUGCCAACAGUAACAGUAUCGAGAGGAUCGGCAUAAAUGGACAGAAUCACGAAUACAUCUUGACGGUUGAGAAUCAGGACCUGUUUGCUAUCAGCCUGUAUAAAGACAACAUAUAUUGGACAGAUAGGACCUACAAGAGUGGUGUAAUCAUGAUGGGGAACAAAGACAAUGCCACUAUCAACCAGCGCACACUGAGGGAAAACCUGGGCAUUCAGCUCAAGGACAUCGCUGUGUUCAGUCAGCAGAGACAGAAUGGUACAAACAUCUGUGGUCCUCACAUGGGCACAGACGGUAAGAUAGUGGAGAACGGUGGGUGUGAGCAGCUGUGUCUGUAUGUGGGCAACAACAAGAGGAAAUGUCGCUGUGGACAUGGCAUGCUGGCUGAUGAUGGCACAAGCUGUAAAGAACAUGAUGCCUACCUGCUGUACUCAGAGAGGGUAAGCCUGAAGAGUGCUCAUGUCCUGGACUCUAAGAACAGGCCUAUAGGGACUAUUCAGCUGAAGGACAACAUGCGAAAUGUGAUCGGUCUUGCAUUUGACUACGGCAACGGGACCAACAAGAAGAGGAUCUUCUACAGCGACAUUCACCACGGGAACCUCCAGUCUGUGUACGAGGACGGGACAGGACAGCAGAUCAUCGUGGAAAAUGUUGGGUCAGUUGAGGGCCUGGCCUACCACAGGAGGAAUGAUGAACUGUUCUGGACGAGUUACACUGACUCCAACAUCCGCCGCUUCUCUCUGAACCAGACCAAGCCGGGGGCACGGAAUGAGACCAUCGUUGUCCUUUCCCAGGAAGACCACCCCAGGGCUAUUGUGCUGGAUGAAUGUCAAGGACGGAUCUGGUGGACCAACUGGAAUGACAAGAGUCCCAGCAUCAUGACGUCUUACGUCGGGGGUCAGGAGGUCAGGUCCAUCGUGAAGGGAAACGACAUCCGGACACCCAACGGUCUCGCCAUCGACCACACAGCCGAGAAACUCUACUGGUCAGACGCAACACUCGACAAAAUCGAGAGGUGCAACUACGAUGGCAGCAAAAGAGUGGUAAUCCUACAAGUAGAACCAGUGCAUUCCUUCGGCCUGGCUGUGUACGGUGACUACAUCUACUGGACGGACUGGGUCCGGCGGUCAGUCAUGGCCGCAAACAAGCUGGACGGCAGCAACGUGAAGGUUCUGCGCAGCGACAUCAGCCAGCAGCCAAUGGGAAUCAUCGCUGUCGCAAACGAGACAAACAACUGCAUGUUGAGUCCUUGCCGUACCCUGAAUGGAGGCUGUGACCAUGAGUGCAGCGUGAUGCCCAACGGUCUGGUCAACUGUUCCUGCCGACCACCCAAAAUACUCAUGGAUGCCACAAGAUGUAUUGUGCCUGAAGUGACCUGUUCUCCCAGCCAGUUUGAGUGCAGUGCGAGCGGCUGUGUUGCCUACGAGGACUCGUGUGAUGGCAUCCCAGAUUGUAUUGAUGGCAGUGACGAGGCAAACCCUUACUGUGCCACCCGUGACUGCCGUGAUGGUUGGAAGAGGUGCCGCAAUGGUCGCUGUAUCUCGGAGCAGCUCUGGUGUAACGGGAAGGACGACUGCCAUGACAACUCUGACGAGGACAGAUGUGAUGAAAGGAGCUGUGCCCCAGGAGAGUUCCGCUGUAACAACGGCCGCUGUAUUGAUGAAUCCCUGAGGUGUGACCAGAGGAUCUUCUGUGAUGAUGCUUCAGACGAGAUUGGUUGUCCUCCUGUGGACUGCAGUACGUACCGAGAACGUGGUCUGGAGGAGGUCCUGUCAGGGUACAUCAACUGUAACAAGACCAGCCUGUGUAUCCUGCCUCAGUGGAGAUGUGAUGGGGAGAACGACUGUGGAGACAACUCGGAUGAGGAAGACUGUUUCUGUGGUAGCGGUUAUUUCCAGUGUGACAAUGGCCGCUGUAUUCCCAAGUCCUGGAAAUGUGACAAUGACAACGACUGUGGGGACAACUCAGAUGAACCACCUAGCUGUUCAUUCUCAUGCACCAAGGAGCAGUUUACCUGUAACAACACCCGCUGUAUCCCUCUGAACUGGAAGUGUGACGGGGAACAGGACUGUGAGGACGGGUCUGAUGAAUCUACUAACCUCCAGUGUGAUCGGAUCACAUGUCCCCCUGAGCAGUUCCGUUGUGUGGAGAACGCCCGCUGUAUCCCCAAACACUGGACUUGUGACGGGGACAAUGACUGUCCUGAUGCCUCCGAUGAGAUGGCCUCAGCAAACUGCACCUUUACAGAGACGUGUGACUCUGAUGAGUUCCAGUGCCAGAACAGACGGUGUAUCCAGUCAGCCUGGGUCUGUGAUCAUGACAACGACUGUGGGGACGGAUCGGAUGAGGAAGAAUGCACGUACACAACCUGUGCUCCUGACCAGUUCCAGUGUGCGAACGGCCGCUGUAUCCCGUCCUCCUGGACUUGUGAUCGAGACAACGACUGUAACGACAACUCAGAUGAAGCUCCUUCCAAUAAAAAAUGUGAGCCAUCGUGUAGUGAAGAGGAGUUCAUGUGUACAGAGAACAGCCAGUGUAUCCCGUGGAACAUGACCUGUGAUGGCAACAAGGACUGCAGCGAUGGGUCAGACGAACCAGCAGGACUGUGUGGGAGGAAUGAAUGUCUGGAUGCAGAGUUUAACAACUGUACCCAGGUGUGCCAGGACCUGCGUAUCGGCUUCAGGUGUAAAUGCCACAAGGGCUACAGGAUGAACGGAGCUGUCUGUGAAGAUAUUGAUGAGUGUAAUACAGAAUUCCCCUGUAGCCAGUACUGUAUCAACACCUACGGCAGCUAUCGCUGUCGCUGUGCUGAAGGCUACAGCAAAGACCCAGCCCAACCUGGGGUCUGUAAGGUGUCUUCAGAUGUGAAGCCGUACAUCAUGUUCUCCAACCGGUAUUACAUCCGUAAGUUGGACUUCGCGGGCAGAACUUAUGAGAUUGUGCUGGGAGGUCUGAACAACGCUGUAGCCCUGGACUUUGAUGUGAAGGAUGAGAGAAUCUACUGGACAGAUGUGACUACACAGAGGAGCAUGAUCCGUAGGGCUUAUGUGAACGGGUCUAACUUUGAGGUGCUCCACAGUACAGCCCUGAGUAACCCAGACGGGAUAGCUGUAGACUGGGUGGGGAGGAACCUGUACUGGUGUGACAAGGCUAAGGAUGUCAUUGAGGUGUCCUGGUUAAACGGAGACUACAGGAAGGUCUUGUACAAGGACGGCCUGAAGGAACCGAGAGCCCUGGUGGUCGAGCCACAAGGAGGAUACCUGUACUGGACAGACUGGGGAGAGAACCCUCACAUCGGUCGUUCCUGGCUGGACGGGAGUCACGGUAAAGUCAUCAUCAACAGCACCAGGACCAAGAUCGGCUGGCCCAACGGUCUGACCGUCGACUACGUCACCAAGAGGAUCUUCUGGGGGGAUGCCAGGGAGGACCACAUCCAGUUUGCUGAGGCUGACGGCUCCAACAUUCAUACAGUUAUCAGUGAGAGUGGUAUCCCCCACAUCUUUGGCUUGUCCCUGUUUGAAGACUACAUCUUCUGGACAGACUGGGAGACUAAGGGAGUCCACAAGGCUCACAAGUACACCGGGGCUAACGCCACUCAGCUGGUCACAUCAGUACACAGACCCAUGGACAUACACAUCUACCAUCCUUACAGACAGAGGAGCAUACCCAACCACCCGUGCUCCAUAAACAACGGCGGCUGCAAAAACCUGUGCCUGCUGCAGCCAGGCGGGAAGCACACUUGCGCCUGCGCCGAGAACUUCUACCUAGCCUCGGACGGGAAGACUUGUCUCUCCAACUGCACGUCAAGUCAGUUCGAGUGUGGAAACUUCAAGUGUAUCCCCUUCUGGUGGAAGUGUGACACGGAGAACGACUGUGAUGAUGGCUCGGAUGAACCAGAUGACUGUCCACCCUUCGUGUGUCGGCCUGGCCAGUUCCAGUGUAACAACUCAGACUGUACCAACCCUGCUUUCAUCUGUGAUGGGGACCAGGACUGCAGUGAUGGCUCUGAUGAGAGGAACUGUGAGCACCACACGUGUCUGCCGAACCAGUUCAAGUGUAAGGGAGAGAACAAGUGCAUCCCUGGGAUCUUCAGGUGUAACGGGGCCACCAACUGUCAGGAUGGGAGUGACGAGGAAAACUGUCCUGAGAGAACCUGUGCAGCAAACCAGUUCAAGUGUAACUCGUCAAAGAUCUGUAUCCCGCGGGUCUGGAUGUGUGACGGAGACAAUGACUGUGGCGAUGGUUCAGACGAGCCAAACAACUGUACAGCACGGAGCUGCUCGGAGAACGAACUACGCUGUAACAACACAGGUCGGUGCAUCCCGGCCAGAUGGCAGUGUGACGGUGACAAUGACUGUGGGGAUUCGUCAGAUGAGCAAGUCGGUGUCUGCAGUGCCCGUACUUGUGACCAGUACCAGCACCGCUGUAACAACAACAAGUGCAUCCCCGCCCGCUGGAGGUGUGACUAUGAUGACGACUGUGGAGACAACUCUGAUGAAGAGGGCUGCACACCAAGGCCAUGCUCGGAGAGUGAGUUCCAGUGUGACGACAACCGCUGCAUCCCCGGCCGCUGGAAGUGUGACGGCGACCACGACUGCGAAAACGGAUCGGAUGAAAGCGGCUGCUCGUCUACCUGCGCGCCGAAUCAGUUCAAGUGCAGGAAUGGACACUGUAUCCCGGAGGGCUGGCACUGUGACCUGGACAGGGACUGUCUGGACGGUAGUGAUGAGGAGAACUGUGAAGUUACCGAGCCCCCAGGAGUCCUGUGUAAGGAAGGAGAGUUCCAGUGUAACAACACGCUGUGUAAGCCGCUGUCCUGGAAGUGUGACGGGGAGGACGACUGUGGAGACAAGUCUGAUGAGGAGGCCUUCAUGUGCAAGAACUUUGUGUGCCCACCGACGCGUCAGUUCCGCUGCCGUAACGACCGUGUGUGUUUACCCAUCUCCCGACGGUGUGACGGCUUCAGCCACUGUGACGACAACUCAGAUGAAAUGGACUGCAGAGCCCCAGCGGAGAACAGAACCUGUACAGCAGAUGACUUCAAGUGUCUGUCAGGCAACAGAUGUGUGAAACUGGACCUGGUCUGUAACAACUAUGACAACUGUGGGGAUGGGUCAGAUGAAGGGCUGUGUGGUCCUCCCAAUGUGAACGAGUGUCAAAACAACAAUGGGAACUGCCAGCACAAGUGUACAGACCUGCCUCGGGGUCACUACUGCACAUGUAGGGAUGGAUACACCCUCAACCAGGACCUCACGUCUUGCCAAGACAUUAAUGAGUGUGAAGACUUUGGGAGAUGCUCACAGGUCUGUACCAACACCAAAGGUUCCUUCCACUGUUCCUGUUCCCCUGGGUUCAUCAAGGCACGAGGCAGCAAUGGAUUGGACACCUGCAUAGCUGAAGGUGAUCCUGAUUAUUUGCUCAUUGCCGACGACAACGUUAUCAAAAGGAUCAACCCGGACAACUCUCGUGUCGGGUUGGGUGACGGUUUCCGUGGUAACGACGAGACACGCGUGGAGAGUAUGGACAUCGACGUGAAGUCCAACAUGGCGUACUGGAGUAACAUCCACACCAGCGGGAUAUACAGGGCCACCAUACAGCUGGACAACAAGAGACGGAAACGCCAGGCCACGGAUAUCGUCAAGUUAGAUAUCCGUGAUUUGGAGGAGCCACGUGGAAUAGCCAUAGACUGGGUGGGUCGGCACAUCUACUGGACAGACGCCAGGAAAGACGCCCUAGAGGUCGCUGACCUGGAUGGAAACAACCGGAAAACUCUCCUCAACACCGGUAUGGACCGGCCGCAUUCCGUGGCAGUGGACCCCAAAAAUGGGUAUGUGUUCUGGACAGACUGGGGCUUGUCUCCUAAAAUCGAGCGAGCACGCCUGGACGGUUUAGAGCGGAGGGUCCUUGUGCGUGAGGACCUCCAGUGGCCCACAGGGCUGGCCAUCGACUACCAGAACAGGCGCCUGUACUGGGCAGACGCCAAGAAGAACACCAUUGAGAGCAUUGACUUUGACGGCAGUGGCAGGGUCGUGGCAGCCAACUACAGUAAAGGACUGCGUCAGCCGUACCUGAUUGACCUGUUUGAAGACAACAUCUACGGGACCACGUACCACACUGGUGAGGUGUUUAAGGUGGACAAGUUUGGUCGGGAUAACGUCACUGUCCUGGCCAACAACCUGCAGCACGCUUCUGAUGUGGUCAUCUUCCAACAACACAAGCAGGAUCAGACAAUCACCAACCCAUGCAGCUCGUCCAACUGUACCCACCUGUGUUUCCGUGCCCCCAUGCCGGGCGGCGGGACCAUCUGUGCCUGUCCUAAUGGGGGAAAGCUGGACGGAAACUCAUGUACAAAUGUACCAGCACCAUCUCCAGAGCCGACCACAGCACCGUGUGAGGUGGUUUGUUUCAAUGGAGGAACCUGCAUCCCCAACGAACAAGGCAACCCCAAGUGCAAAUGCCAUCCAAACUUCCAUGGUCCCCAGUGCAGACAGAACAAGUGUAACCUGUACUGUGCGAACAACGGACGCUGCCAGCUAAACUCCAUGAACAAACCGGUCUGCAUAACCUGUAUAAACAGCUUCUUCGGGCCUCGCUGCAACUCAUCGUGUGACAACUACUGUCUUAACGGAGGGUCCUGCAGUGUGUCCGGCAAUAGAGGUGUGUGUGACUGCCUACCACGCUAUGAAGGCAACCGCUGUCAGACAGAUCGCUGCGACGGUUACUGUAAAAACGGAGCCCACUGCACUGUGCUCCCUGAUCGUUCCUUGUCUUGUGCCUGCUCUGAGAAUUUCCAAGGACCGCACUGUGAGUCUCCAAAAGAUCUGUGCUUCGAAUUCUGUCAGAAUGGAGGCCAGUGCAGUUUAGACGCUAACAACCAACCUGUAUGCAACUGUGAAGAAGGGUAUGAGGGCACACAGUGUACAGAGACAGUUCCAGCUAACACAGGCAAACGGAAGGGAGAAGGUGGGGAUGGUGGAACUGCUGCUGCCAUUGCAGUUCCAGUUGUCCUAGCCCUCAUCAUCAUCGCUGUCAUCUGUGGUGUCUGCUUCUACAGAAAGAGAAGUUCAAGAUCAGGGUGGUUCCCAGUAACAGUGGAAGCUCUUGAGCUGAAAACCAUGUUCCAGCACAAGAGGAUGACCAACAAUGUGGAGAUAGGAAACCCCACGUUCCUGUAUGACCAGGAAGAGGACGAUGAAACAGAGCAGCUAGAUCCAUCAUUAACACUGGAUCCAGACAAGACUGUUUCUCCUGUCCCCUGUGCUCCCUCUGGACUUCAUCAGGUUGAGGACGAUAAAUACCGCUUGGAGUUCUUGCCAACUAACUUCUCCAAUCCCGUGUACGACUGUCUUUACAACGAAGCCAGCGGUAGCUCAAACUCUCUAACAAGUUCGGAUGAGAAGAAAGGACUGCUAUCUCCGUCAGGAAUACAGUUAUACGAAGACCAGAACGAUCCGUUUGGGGGGUCGUCAGUAGCAUAGCACACGAGCAGCUUCUGUUUUGAAACAUGUACAUGUUAAAAGCUGAAAUCUCAAUUGUUUGAUAUGGGAACUUGUACAGUUUGUGAAUUGGAGUGACCACUCUUCAGACGCCCUAUGGGCUACCUACGUGUACUUUGAUGUCCUACGAGAGUUCAUUUUAGACUUUGAAUUUUGUUGUUAUGCUUUGAGGAUGCUAGCAUGAUGAAGUCUAUGUGUGAGACAGAUUUCUAUCAAAAUGACUGUUGGUUAAAGAGCAUCUGUGUUGGGGAGUGAUGUUAUAAUUGAGUGAAACUGUUCUCCAAUACUGAAAGAUUUAUUAAGACUGAACAAAUUUCAGAUGUCACUAUGGUCUUAGUCAGGACAACUAACCCACUCUUGGAUAUGUGUCAAAAGUACUGUGUCAGAGACUUCUUUGAACUUUGACUAAAUACUGCUGUCACAUGAUCAAAGUGGGUCAUUUGCCCCGAGGAAGGCCUCAGUAACUGCCAAGAAAUUUGUUGAGUCUGAAUUUUUGCAUGUGUGUUGGAAGAAAGUUAAAGAGUAUGAACAAAUUUGUUUCCACUUUAUACCACAGAUGAAAAUGAAAUCCGUUUUACUUCUACAUGUGACAUAGGAGUGGAACAUGUCUUUGCUUUAUGUGUAUGUAGUCAGCCUAGUUGUGUAUACAUGUAGGACUUGUAUUUUCCCCAAAAAGUGUAAACGCCCACUAUUUUUGUGUGCAAUAUAGUUCUAUAUGGUGAGUGUAAAAUAGAAAAUGCUGCUCAAGUGUUAAAAAAAAUAUGUUUUGACUUAUUUUUCAUUGGCAUCUUCUCGGUUAUAAAGGUCUCUGUGAAAAUAGAAAAGAUGCAACUUUCCAGUAUACAAAAAUGUACAUGUAGUGGUAUGCCGCACCCUUGGUGAGGCUUGAAUGGACAGAGUUGUGGAGUUAUAUAUAUAUAUCUUUGUAUCCUAGAAUCUUCCAAGUAUGCUACUUGACUGGGUCGUAGACGUUAUACUUGCCAACAAUAUGCAACUGGUUAGGAAGUAUGUGAUCAUUCUAAGCAAGCAUCUUUCUAAAGCUUGCAUCAAUGGCCUUUUGGUGAUUGCAGGAAAGUCGCUGUAUUUCAAAACUGCCAGAAAAUCAAGCAUAGUCUGGAAAAUCUACCCUACCACAUAGCAGGGGGCUCAAAUGUCCCUUAGAACAUAUUUUUAAGUUGUUUGAUGCUGGCUUAAGCCCAUGUGUCACCAUACUCAUUAUUUUCAAGAAAUUAGGUUUUUCUAUCUUGUUUUCUUUGGCUAAAAUGCGGCUAUAUCAAUACGUAAUCAUCCAGUCUGCCUAGCUUGAUCCAAAACUGCUUCAAAUGCACAUUUAAUGCAACUUAACAGGUGAAAGACAAGCACAAAUAUAUAUACUUGGUGCUCUUUGCUACUUAUGGUUCCUUGUAUCAUUAAAUUAAAUCAUUCAUGAAUAACUGUGUAGAAUUUUUAUAGUUCCAACAGAGGUAUUUGUAAAAUUACUACAUGUACUUUAAUUUGAAAAAAGAUGAGUAAUUGUUAUAAUUUGAUCUGAAUUGAUUUGAAAUCCCUUUAAUUCAUUGUUAAUUCAUGACUUGAACAUAAAGCCACUGACACGUAUAAUGCUAACCUUUAGAGAAUGAAGAGACAGGUUUCUUGUAUAUUAUUCAAUAAUCUUUGUAUCUUGUACUUUAUGUGAAUAUUGAUUAUUUGGAAACUAAGAAUAAGUCAUAAGCACUUAAACACUUCCUCAUUCUUGUAAUUUUGUAAGGCAACCCAGGCAUCAUUGUGUGUUAUGACUUUCAUUUCAUAGUGAAAUACUGAUGUAACACUGAACAUUCAUGUUAAGAAUUCGCUCUUUUGAAACCUGAGUCAACUUUGCACCGCAGCAGAGGAAAAUUAGAAUUAUUGUUUCCUUUUUUGUGGUGCAAGAUUUCAUCCAGAGGUACAUUUUGUUAGCUGUACUGUGUGCAGAGGUUCCUUGAAUAUAAAACACCAAGGUAAACGUAAAUGGUGGCCUUUAAACAAUUGCAGACUGACUAGUAAUGUAAAACAGUCAUGUUUUUGUCAUUCAAGUGGUGUUAAUGAUAUUUUUCAAUAUAUGACUGACCCUUAAUUAGUCAAGAGACAUGAAACUUCAAAAUUCUGUUGAAAUUAAGUUCUGAGAAAGAAACAUUGUAAUUCGUUCUAAUUUCAUUGGCAGAUAGCAAAAGGCUGCCUAGACUUAAUUUGAAGCACUGUGUGGUUACAAACUAUACAACAGGCACCACUGGGCCACUGUUUAUGCUUUGUACCAGUUGCAGGAAAUUUGUUUACGCCUCAGUUUACCAUAGCAAAAAAUAUCUUACUGGAAAGCGCACACCACUGCUGUAAAAAAAAAUGUGGCUCAUCAUGUUAAGAAAUUAAAGCUUUUGAAAUUUU